AUGAGCAGGAAGCAGGAGGUCGUGCCGUCAACGCACAACUCCCUCGACGUGCUGCCGGAAAUCUUCAGGAACGAGGAGUCGUCGCUGCUCAUACAGACGUACCCGCUGGAGAUGGUGAAGCGAGCUGUUGGCGAGAUCGCCGUGUGCCUCUCCGCCUUCACGCACUACGCAAGGGAGUACCGCGACGCGCUUGCAUUCGCCCCGGGCGACACCAAGAAGCUCUUCAAGCAGAAGCUGCUCAUGGACUACUACGCACUCUGCUACCUGGCCGGCUCGAAGAACUACUACCUGUACAACACGCACCGGAUGAACCUGAUAAAGGAGCUCGCCGUCACGUACAACGGGCUGUACGACGUCAUCCCCAUGAACGUCAUCGAGCGCCUGUCGGACCAGGAGGCGACGUUCCUCAGGGACACGUGCAACUCCAUCAUCAAGGCACCCCUGCCGGUGCGUCCGAAGAGCUACAGCAUCAUCGCGAUCCUCAAGGACAUCGUCACCGACGACAUCGCAGACAGGAACAACCCCAACAUGCGCUACUACCCCAAGGGCGCGAAGCUCACCGUACCGACUGACAUGGCCGAGCUGCUCGUGCAGUCGAACUGGAUCAAGGUCAUCAAAACCAACCUUUAA